GCGGGGAUCGGGCAGCGAGCGAUGGCGGCGGCGGCGGGCGGGGAGCCGCGGGCGGGGGGUGGUGCGGGCACCCGGGGCCGGGCCGCGCUCUCCUGGACCGGCUGCUGCCUGCAGGCGCUGCUCUGGCUGCUGGCGGUGAGCGGCGAGGAGCGGCCCUUCAUCGUGGAGAAUUGGUUGAAGACGUACGGGUAUUUCCUGCCCGAUGAGCUGCGUACCUCGGCGCUGCGCUCGGCGCAUUCCAUGCAGGCCGCCAUCGCAGCCAUGCAGCGCUUCUACCGUAUCCCCGUCACCGGCAUCCUGGACCAGGCCACCAUCGAGUGGAUGAGGAGACCACGGUGCGGGGUGAGUGACCAGCCGCGGAUCAGCCGCAGACAGCGGAGCAAACGCUACGCCCUGACUGGCCAGAAGUGGAGACAGAAGCACAUCACCUACAGCAUCAACAACUUCACGCCCAAGGUUGGCGAGGGUGAGACACGUCGGGCGAUCGGCCGUGCCUUCCAGGUUUGGCAGGAUGUGACCCCGCUGAGCUUCCAGGAGGUUCCCUUUCACGAUAUCAAGAGUGGCAAGAAGGAAGCAGACAUUAUGAUCUUCUUUGCGUCUGGUUUCCAUGGCGACAGCUCCCCAUUCGAUGGGGAGGGGGGUUUCCUGGCCCACGCUUACUUCCCCGGGCCAGGGAUCGGCGGCGACACGCACUUCGACUCCGACGAGCCCUGGACGCUGGGGAACUCCAACCACGACGGUAACGACCUGUUCCUGGUUGCAGUGCAUGAGCUGGGCCAUGCGCUGGGGCUGGAGCACUCCAAUGACCCGAGUGCCAUCAUGGCCCCCUUCUACCAGUACAUGGACACAGAGAAGUUCAAGCUGCCGCAGGACGACCUGCAGGGCAUCCAGAAGAUCUACGGCCCACCCACUGAGAGACUGGCUCCCACCCGGCCACUGCCCACCCUCACGGUCCGCAGGAUCCACUCCACGUCCGACCGCAAGCACGAGCGGCAGCCCCGGCCCCCCAGACCGCCCUCCGGAGAGAGACCCUCCUACCCUGGCUCCAAGCCCAACAUCUGUGAUGGACACUUCAACACCAUCGCCUUGUUCCGGGGAGAGAUGUUCGUGUUCAAGGAUCGCUGGUUCUGGCGCCUGCGCAACAAGCGUGUGCAGGAGGGGUACCCCAUGCAGAUCGACCAGUUCUGGAAAGGUCUGCCCACUCGCAUCGACGCUGCCUACGAGCGCUCCGACGGCAAGUUUGUCUUCUUUAAAGGGGACAAGUACUGGGUGUUCAAGGAGGUGACGGCAGAGCCGGGCUACCCCCACGGGCUGCUGCAGCUGGGCAAGGGGCUGCCGCGGGAAGGCAUCGACACCGCCCUGCGCUGGGAACCCGCUGGCAAGACCUACUUCUUCAAAGGAAACAAGUACUGGAGGUACAAUGAGGAGAACCAGGCGUCGGACCCCGGCUACCCCAAACCCAUCACUAUCUGGAAGGGGAUCCCCGAGGCCCCGCAGGGAGCCUUCAUCAGCAAGGAAGGAACCUACACGUACUUUUACAAGGGCAAGCAGUACUGGAAAUUUGACAACCAGCGGCUGGUGGUGGAGCCGGGAUAUCCCCGCUCCAUAGUCCGGGACUGGAUGGGCUGCAACGCCAAAGACGGGGACUCGAACCGUGACCGCCACCGGCCGAGUGACGAUGUGGACAUCAUGGUGCAGAUCAACGACGUGCCCAGCACGGUGAACGCCAUUGCCGUGGUCAUCCCCUGCAUCCUCUCCCUCUGCAUCCUUGUGCUGGUCUACACCAUCUUCCAGUUCAAGCAGAAAGGCUCCCAGCAGAACCUGGUGGUCAGCAAGCGCUCGGUGCAGGAGUGGGUGUGAGGGGCUGGUUCACCAGCGCUGUUUGUCCAUGAGGCUGGGCUCUUCCGUCCGUGGGAAGGAUAACUGGAGAGGCUGGAAUGUGAACCCUGUCGUACGUGGUGUUUCCACUGGUGAACUGGGAGUUGCCACCGCACAUCGUUCCUGCAAUGCCUCAUUCAUGUCUGUGAUGUGCCAUUUUGUCAGCCCAGCCUGUGUACGUAUACCCAUACGUUGGACCUCAGCAAAGAAAGGCAGAGGCGGCGAGGACACUGGGCGAGCAACUCCUCAUUCUGCAGUGUUGAACGGUGACUUGUUUGGCCAAUACUCACACCAAGACACAUCCUUUUAACUCAAAGCAUCUUUGAACAGAGACAUUGGACAAGCAGAGGUGUUAUUGGUGGUGAGAGAAGCAGGACAUCUAAAGCCAAACGGACAAAGAUCUUAAUGUACUAGUGUCAUUUUAUUACACAAUACAUGCAACAGAGAGAAGGGAACGAACAUGGUUUUGUUCAUCUACAGGGGAUUCAAAUAUUUCAAUGUAUUUUGAAAUAAGUGGGGGCCAAAAUAUCUACAAUAGUUAAACAGCCUUAAAACAUUUUUUUGUUAGUUGUUUGGUCAAGUCUUGAAUGUCCACAUUACUGAGUCUUUGUGAAUCUUCAUCAGUGUCAUUUCUGAAGCUGUGAGGGUGACUGGCGUUGGAAGCGGCUGUGACUUGGGCACCAGGACCAAGCAUGUUUGAACAGUGUUAGCCUUGCCUGCCUGGUGUAGCGUUGGCCCAGACCCAGCCUGCCUGCCACAGGUCAGUAUCCUCGUCACUCAGCCACCACCGCCACAGGGGAAGCUGGUGACUUGGGAGUGAGCAGGAGAUGGGUCUGUGCUGAAGUUUGCAGUAUUAUCGGUAACCAUGUCAGGUUGACAACGGCUGAAGGGUUGCAUGGGCUUUGAGAUGUUGCCCAGGGCACCAGGUGUUGGGAGGCUUUGGGAAUGCAGCAGCGUUCCGGUGUGUGGGAAUCUCCUUGUGCACGGCUGCACCAAUCCCUUUGUUUUGUUUACACUAAUUGGAAAAUCUGAGCCAACUUCAUGCGACAUUUGUUCCCAUGACUGAGAUUACUAGGCCACGUUUGGGGCUGGUGGGCAGUUUGCAGCAGCUUUAGUUUUGUGGCACGGGUCUCGCACAUUAGUAACUCGCGGAUGAGCUGGUUUAAGGAUGAAGUGAGGGCAGGAAGCCAUCACUGCCCACCCACCCACUGUUGUUGGUUUGUCAGGUGUGACUCACGGUGCCCUGGGCUCACGGCCACACCUGUACUGGGGGCAGGUGAUGGCUGGUGUCAGAGGGGUGAAGCAGGGGCCGCCCCUGGUCUCUGCUGCCCUUGGUCGCCGGGGAGCCUGGUCACUCUGUCCACCUUCAACAGCUGAACCUGUUCAACUCCACAACUCGGUGAAAAUGUAGUCAAAGUUUGAAACCUCCCCAACUCCAUGGGGAGUGACAUGAGCAGAGACGGUGGCUGGAGGGGUGCUGAGGAGUUCCUUUAUGCGUUUGGGUGGAACGUUGAGUCUUAUGGGACUGAGCUGUUAUCGGGACUGAGGUAGGAGACCUUGGUUGGGUUGUAUAGUCUGCUGUAACUAUUGAGGAACGGUGAAACAUUAACUGACCCAUUCGUCUGUAACUACAUACACCAGGCACCAUCUGACCAGUUGACAGGUCGGCCUCUCCAUAACGCAAUGCCUUCCAUCUUUAGUUGGUGCACUGAUUGAUUCUGCGCCCGAUCGCACUCCACCAACACCAAUAAUCAGGUUCAAUGUCCGCGGUUUCUCCCUGUUACCCACAGUCUGAUGUUGCUACAAAGUGCAUAUCCAAUUAUGGGCUAGAGCUGAGUUUUUUUGGAUUGUUCAUUUUUUAAGUGCUAUUUAUUAAUAUAAAUUCAUAUUUCAUUGGUGGUGCAGUUCUGUCCCAUACACUCGGCUAGCAGCUAGCGUUGUAGUCGGGACGGCUGCUAAAGUUGAUGCAUCCAGCCAAGUGGUGGCUGGCCAGCCAGACUGGCCUGGUGUGGAAGGGAUGUGAUUUCUCCGCAAUGUUUCACGCUGCAGUCUGCAUUGUUGGAAUCAUUGAGUGUGAACUGAGCGACGCUUUGUACAGAUGUAAAUGUUGAUAAAAGAUGUAGAAAUUCUUUGUAAAGUUUAACAAAAAACCACGGAAAGUU